GACACCCCCCUCUUCCCAAAAGAAGAUAUAAUAAUCCUCUUUAUUUAUUUUUUUAUUUUUAUUACAGCCCUUGCAGAAGAGCAAGAACUUAAGUGGCUAAUAUUUUGCAAAGGAGACAGAGAGACUGAUACUGCAAUAUAGCUCUCGUCUCUCUCUCUUCUCCCCAAUUAGAUGCUGGCUUUAAUUGCAGAGGAUAUUUCUCUUUUCAUGCUUUCGACCAUCUCCUCUUUCCCACAGGCGAGGGUUUCAUUUGCAAGUUGAUCCUAAGGAUUUCUGUUCCUCUGGCAUUUCCCUCCCCUAAAUGCAUCCUUCUGCUCUUAAGUUUGCGGAUGGUGGGCAAUUUUUCCUAGUUCUUACACGAGGAAGGCAAAAAGGACCUUUUUAUUGGGAGAUUGAGACUAAAAGCAAGGAUCGCUCCGAAUCGUUCUAAUGGGCAUUUCAGGGAUUCAAGGAAGGCUGCAUCACCACUGGUAUUAUUCCCAUCCUUAGCAUUUCCCUGUGCCCAUACGUUGGAAAUAUCUGGUGAAAGGAAGGGUGAAACCAUAUGUUGAAGGAGCUGCAUCUCAUUAGGGCAGUAUUAUUUUCAUCUGAUUGGAGAAGAAUGGUGUCUUCAUUCGGAAUCGUGUAUAGUAGGAUAGAGAAUUUAUCGACUGGUAAGUGUCACGGUAUUUUUAUUUUUUUUUUCCUUCCACUUUCAGCUUUUCUGCCGGGUCUUCUGCUUGGUCCUGGGGGCACAAAAUGCCCUAAUCCAAGGCAGGCUGAGCGUUUCAAUCCUAGGUGCCUCUUCAGCUGUCACUUCCCUUUAGAUCUGCUGAUCGCAUGGGCAUGUGCUUUAGAAAGAUUAAUCAUCUCUAAAUGCUUUAAUCAGCUAAAAUGACUAAUAUAUGUGGUGUGUAUUUAUCUGAUAAGGUAUACCAGUUGCAUUAAUUCACCGGCGCAUUUUGCCAGGGGAAGGUUUCCUUCCCAGUCAGGGUCGUUAACCAUUUACUCCGGUAAAGACACUGUGGGGAUUUCUGAGGGGAACCGUUCUGCCAGGGACGUCGGCACAACCUCGCACAUUCCGUGGAACUCGCGUGUGGAAUACACGGAGCAGGGAGGGAGGGAGACUCGAGGGUGGAGGUUCAAUAACUUUGGGAGUUUGCAUGGAUGGAGGAUAGGAUGCGGUGCGACACCGGAGAAAUCUGCCCAUACUUGGUUGUGUUUCCCCUCCCGGAGUCGAGGCGGGCUGUGAUGGCUCCAGGGUUAAAAUUGCACCCGGGGAUGAGAUCUGGGCAGUUCCGGCGCCUGGGAGAACGUGGAGAGACGCAACACGUUCGGUGUGCUCGUGGUGCUGUGUGGGGCUGCAUGUGCUGUCCUCUUUAUAGGUGGCAUUCGCCACGGGGAGGGGAGCGAGGCAGGCUGCUAUCGCGUGAUGGAGCCGUCUAACAUCUCUCAAGUAUAAAUCAGGGCAAGGCUCACGCAGCCGACACCCCUGGAGUCGGUUGGGAACGUCUGCCCGACAACUGCUGAACUUUCCAGGAGCCCGACAGGAGUCCAGCAGGUAGGGGCUUAGGAAAAGGAGAGGGGCAGGGCAGAAAUACUGAAAUCUGUGUUUCUCUUCCCGUUGCAGUUUUGUAAACAUCAACAAAUGAUGAAACCUUCCACGGCAGAGACGCUUCAUAGAGGAAGGAUGUUGUGGAUAAUUCUUCUAAGCACAAUUGCUCUAGCAUGGACUACACCUAUUCCCUUGAUAGAGGACUCGGAGGAACUGGAUGAGCCCUGCUUUGAUCCAUGUUACUGUGAAGUCAAGGAGAGCCUUUUCCAUAUACAUUGUGACAACAAGGGAUUUAUAAAUAUUAGUCAGAUAACAGAGUCGUGGUCGAGACCUUUUAAACUUUAUCUGCAGAGGAAUUCCAUGAGGAAAUUGUACACCAACAGUUUUCUUCACUUGAACAAUGCUGUAUCUAUUAACCUUGGGAACAAUGCACUGCAGGACAUUCAGACAGGGGCUUUUAACGGGCUCCGAGUUCUGAAGAGGUUGUAUUUGCACGAAAACAAAUUGGACAUUUUCAGGAACGACACUUUCCUGGGUUUGGAAAGUCUGGAAUAUCUGCAGGCAGAUUACAAUGUCAUUAAGAGGAUUGAAAGCGGGGCAUUUCGAAACCUAAGCAAAUUGAGGGUCCUUAUCCUAAAUGACAAUCUUAUCCCCAUGCUUCCCACCAAUUUAUUUAAGUCCGUGUCCUUAACCCACUUGGACUUGCGGGGGAACCGCCUCAAAGUCCUUUCGUACCGCGGGAUGUUGGACCACAUUGGCAGGAGCCUGAUGGAGAUCCAGCUGGAGGAGAACCCGUGGAACUGUACGUGCGAGAUCGUGCAGCUCAAGAGCUGGCUGGAGCGCAUCCCCUACACCGCUCUGGUGGGGGACAUCACCUGCGAGACGCCCUUCCACUUCCACGGGAAGGACCUGCGGGAAAUCAAAAGAAGCAAGCUCUGCCCCAUGCUGUCCGACUCCGAGGUGGAAGCCAGCCUGGGCAUCCCUCAGCUGUCCUCCAGCAAGGAGAACGCGUGGCCUACGAAGCCCUCCUCCAUGCUGUCCUCCUUCCAUUUCACCGCUUCCUCCGUUGAGUACAAAACGUCCAACAAGCAGCCCAAGCCCACCAAGCAGCCCCGGGCGCCCCGGCCUCCCCCGACCCCCCGUGGCCUGUACCCCGGGCCCAACCAACCCCCCGUGGCUGCCUACCAGACCCGGCCCCCCAUCCCCAUCAUCUGCCCCACCGGCUGCUCUUGCAGUUUGCACAUCAACGACCUGGGCCUGACGGUCAACUGCAAGGAGCGGGGAUUCCACAACAUCUCCGAGCUCCUGCCCAGGCCCUUGAACGCCAAGAAGCUGUACCUGAGCGGGAAUUUGAUCCAGAAAAUCUACCGCUCCGAUUUCUGGAAUUUUUCCUCCUUGGAUCUCUUACACCUGGGGAACAACCGGAUCUCCUACGUGCAGGACGGGGCGUUCAUCAACCUGCCGAACCUCAAGAGCCUGUACCUGAACGGGAACGACAUCGAGCGGCUCACCCCGGGCAUGUUCCGGGGCCUGCAGAGUUUGCAUUACCUGUACUUCGAGUACAACCUGAUCAGGGAAAUCCAGCCGGCGGCCUUCAGCCUCAUGCCCAACCUGAAGCUCCUCUUCCUCAACGACAACCUGCUCCGCACGCUGCCCACCGACGCCUUCGCCGGCACCUCCCUGGCGCGCCUCAACCUGCGCAACAACCACUUCCUGGCGCUGCCGGUGGCCGGGGUGCUGGAGCACCUGCACGCCAUCGUGCAGAUCGACCUGAAGCUCAACCCCUGGGACUGCACCUGCGAGCUGGUGCCGCUGAAGCAGUGGCUGGAGGCGCUCAGCUCCGUCAGCGUGGUGGGCGAGGUGCUGUGCGCCAGCCCCGAGCCGCUGGCCCGCCGCGACCUGCGCUCGCUGGAGCUGGCCGCGCUGUGCCCCGCCGCCCUGCGCCCCGCCGCCGCCGCCGCCGCCUCGCCCCCCGCCGCCGCCCCGCCGCCGCCCGCCGCCACCGGCGCGGCCGCCUACGAGCUGCCCCCGGCCGCCGCGGCCGCGGCCGUGCCGCUCUCCGUGCUCAUCCUCAGCCUCCUCGUCCUCUUCUUCUCCGCCGUGCUGGUGGCCGCCGGGCUCUUCGCCUUCGUGCUGCGCCGCCGCCGGCGGAAGCUGCCGUUCCGCGGCCCGCGGGCGGAGGCGGCGGACCUGGGCGCGGUGCCGCUGCGCUGCCCGCGGCUCUUCCCCGAGGGCGGCGGCGGCGGCGGCGGCGGGGGCGGCGGCGGGGGGGGCCCCGGGGAGCGCUCCCCGGAGAAGGCGCCCCCGGCGGGCCACGUCUACGACUACAUCCCGCACCCGGUGACCCAGAUGUGCAACAACCCCAUCUACAAGCCGCGGGAGGAGGAGGAGGCGGCGGGCGGCGGCGGCGAGGCGGCCGAGCUGCUGCGGGGCGGCGGCGAGCGCGGCUUCGCUCACCCCGCCGCCCCCGCCGCCGCGCCGGAGCCGGGCAGCAGCUACCGCACCUUGCUGGAGAAGGAGCAGGAGUGGAGCCUGGCCGUGUCCAGCUCGCAGCUCAACACCAUCGUGGCCGUGCACCCCCAGCACCCCGCGGGCGGAGGGCUGGCGGCGGGCGCGCUCGGGGCGGCGGCGGCGGCGGCGGGGGGAGCCCCGCGGGACCGCGACCGCCCGCCGCCCUGCGCCGUGGGGUUCGUGGACUGCCUGUACGGCACCGUGCCCAAGCUGAAGGAACUGCACGUCCACCCCCCCGGCAUGCAAUACCCGGACCUGCAGCAGGACGCCAGGCUGAAGGAGACCCUGCUCUUCGCGGCCGGCAAGGGCUUCCCGGACCACCAAACCCCCACAAGCGAAUACCUCGAGUUAAGGGCCAAACUCCAAACCAAGCCGGAUUACCUCGAAGUCCUGGAGAAGACCACGUACCGGUUCUGACAGCCGCCCCGCCGCCCGCCCGGCCCCGCCGCCCGCGGGCAGAGGAUACAGCUGUGCGCUCUGCCCCGCCAGAUGUGCGCGCUGCGGGGCAGGGCCCUUCUCAGAUCAGUAAUCGACGAAGUGCCUUCGCAGACUUUUGCCAGCAGAUGUUAAUCAAUCAUUAUUUUUUAUACCGAAACUGAGACUUUGACUGUGCCAUGUCUAAAGGUGGAAAAGAGCAGCAAGGCCAGUGACCCAAAAACCUGGCUGCUUUGGAAAGUG